GAUCCCAAUUUAUUGGUCGAAGAUGUCGUAAGACAGAGCGGCUAUCCCUUUGAGCUUCAUCAUGUAACAACUAGGGAUGGAUAUAUAUUAGCUAUGCAUCGGAUACCACCUAAAAAUGUGAAUAAAAAUACGCGAGUGGUAUUAGUGAUGCACGGAUUAUUGGGAUGUUCGGCGGAUUGGCUGGUAACGGGAAAUCGGUCAAUCGCUUAUCUCUUGUCCGACAAUGAUUACGAUGUGUGGCUCGGUAACUCCCGUGGAACGACGAAUUCGAAAAAUCACACAAGACUUUCCUUGGAAAGUGCUCAAUUUUGGGACUUCAGUUGGCACGAGAUGGGUAUUUAUGAUUUACCCGCUAUGAUAGAUUACAUAUUAUAUAAAACCGGCCAGAAGCAGCUGUUCUACAUAGGCUUCUCUCAAGGAACAACGCAGUUUUGGGUUCUAAUGUCUCUCAAGCCAGAAUAUAACAGAAAGAUCAAACUCAUGUCGGCUUUAGCCCCCGUGGCUUAUACGGGACACAUUGGCGGCCUGUUAAGGCCUCUAAGUUACUUCGGGAAUAUUUUUAGUCCCUAUUUUAAGUACACUGGAUUCUUCGAACUGCUGUCAAAUUCGGUCGUGGAGAAAAUUAUGAUGCGUACUUUUUGUCGAGAAGGCGCUAAGACUCAACCUAUAUGCGAAUUGGUGAUUUCCAUGAUCGGAGGCUUCAGCGACGGCGAAAUGGAUCAUACGCAUCUUGCUGAAUAUCUACAAUUCGCGCCUGCAGGAUGUUCGUUCAAGCAAUUAAUUCAUUACGCGAUGGGUAUUCAAAAUCCAGGACAUUUUCGGUAUUACGAUUAUGGUAUUUUAACGAAUCUCCUAGUAUACAGACGAAUCGCACCGCCGGAAUAUCCCGUGGAAAGGAUUACAGCCCCGGUGAUUUUAUACAACGGCCUGAAUGAUGUUUUGGCUCAUCCGAAUGACGUUGAAAUAUUGCAAAGAAAACUUCCGAACGUUGUGGCGAAGUAUACGGUUCGGCCAAAGCCAUUGGGUCAUUUCGAUUUCGUGUACGGUAUGAGCAUACGAGAUCUCGUUUACAAUGAUCUGAUUGAAAAGAUGAAUUCAAUUCCAUGAAGAUGGCAUCGAUUAAUAAUUAAAUGAUCUCAAUAUCUUUAAUUAACUAACUACGAAACUGAAACUAUAGACGAUAGAAUUUUGUCAUUAGGCGUCUGAUCUGCCUUUCUUUUACAUUGUGCAUCAUUAAAGAACAA